CAAAGAUGUAUAUAAUAAUCGCAUACACUUCUGGUAUGAAUCAAUUGAAACUGUUCAAGUUGUUUGUAUUUAGUAUUACAGAUCAACAAGAACGCCAUGGAAUUGAUAAACGGAUUCUUGAACUUGGUUGCACCUCCAUCCACUUUCCUUACCCUCUUGUUUUUCUUACCUCCAUAUGCCGUUUUCAAGUACUUCUUCUCUUUCUUCCGCUCUUUCUUCGCCGAGAAUAUCGCCGGAAACGUCGUUCUCAUCACCGGUGCUUCUUCUGGCAUAGGAGAGCAUCUAGCAUAUGAAUAUGCAAGCCACGGGGCAUGCUUAGCUCUUGCAGCGAGGAGGGUGGAUCAGCUAGAGCAAGUAGCAGCAGCAGCCCGCGAACUCGGGGCUCCGGAUGUCAUUGUAAUUGCUGCUGAUGUUUCUAAGAUUGAUGAUUGCAAGCGUAUGGUUGAUCAAACCGUUGAUCACUUUGGAAGAUUGGAUCACUUGGUGAACAAUGCUGGAAUUUCUUCGGUGUGUAUGUUCGAAGAAGUUGAUGAUAUGGAAGCUUUUAGAUCAGUCAUGGAAACAAACUUUUGGGGGACGGUUUACACAACUCGAUUUGCUGUUCCUCAUUUAAGAAAUAGCCGAGGAAGGGUUGUUGUGAUCUCUUCAGGGGCCUCUUGGUUUCCUAUGCCCAGGUGUAGCUUUUACAAUGCAAGCAAAGCUGCAGUAGCACAAUUCUUUGACACGUUGAGGAUCGAGUUUGGUUCAGAUGUCAAAGUAACAAUUGUGACACCAGGUUUUAUAGAGUCUGAAAUGAUUCAGGGAAAAUUCCUGUUCAAGGGAGGUAAAAUGGAAUUUGACCCAGAUAUGCGCGAUGCUCAGGCAGGUUUAGUGCCAGUAAGAAGUGUAGUAGCCUGUGCCAAGACGAUAGUCAAAAGUGCGCGCAGGGGAGACAGAUACUUGGUGGAACCAGCAUGGUUUAGGGUCAGCCACUGGUUAAAAACAUUUUGCCCAGAGAUUCUAGACGUGAUUGUGUGGCUCCAAUACAUCACCAAACCAGGGGCAUCACCUCAUGAGUCGUUCAAUAAGAAGAUAAUGGAUCUUCUCCCCGGAGCCAGGGCUCUCUAUGGAGGGGCUGCUGAGCCACCAGCUAACCUCAAAGCUGAGUAGGCUCUCUACGGAAGGGCGGGCUGCUGAGCCACCAGUUGACCUCCAAGCUGAUUAGACUGUCUUGUAAUAUAUUUUCGUUUCUUUGCUUUUAGUUGGCUGUUUUAGUGAAUAAUGUCAGAUCUUUUGGUCUGUGGGAUUGUGGACUUGUUUAUGUACCGUUUUAUAGUCUUCCUACUAGAUGUUUCUCCGUUAAUAAUUAUAAAUCAUCCUGAAACCGAAAAAAGUGUGCAA